AUGGCCAAUAAAGUUUUCAAUGUUGCUGUCUUCUUUGUUGUUUUUAGAGAGUGUUUAGAAGCAGUCAUUAUCGUCUCUGUUUUAUUAUCUUUCAUAAAGCAAACAAUUGGAGCCAAAGAUAAUGUGUUAUAUAAUAGAUUAGUGAAACAAAUUUGGUUUGGUUCAGUUCUUGGGUUUAUUAUUUGUUUGAUUAUUGGCUGUGCUUUUAUCGGUGCUUACUAUUCUUUACAAAAAGAUAUCUUUGGAUCUGCUGAAGACCUUUGGGAAGGUAUUUUCUGUAUGAUUGCGACACUUAUGAUUUCAAUGAUGGGAAUUCCAAUGCUUAGAAUAAAUAAAAUGCAAGGCAAGUGGAAAGUUAAAAUUGCAAGAUCUUUGAUAGAAGUACCAAAAAAAAAGAAAGAUUGGUUCCGUAUUGGGUUUUUGACUAGACGUUAUGCCAUGUUUGUAUUACCCUUUAUCACAGUUUUAAGAGAAGGUUUAGAGGCUGUUGUCUUUGUUGCUGGUGCUGGUGUUACUACACAAGGGUCCCGUGCCACUGCAUAUCCACUACCCGUAGCUGCAGGUCUGAUUGCAGGUGGAUUGAUAGGUUUCUUAUUAUACUAUGGUGCAUCUCAUUCUUCUCUACAAAUUUUUCUUAUCAUUUCUACAUCUAUCUUGUAUUUAAUUGGCGCUGGCCUUUUUUCCCGUGGUGCUUGGUACUUCGAAAAUUAUUUGUUCAAUAGAGCCACCGGGGGUGAUGCUUCAGAGGGUGGUGACGGUAAUGGUACUUACAAUAUUCAUAAAUCAGUAUAUCAUGUUAAUUGUUGCAAUCCAGAAUUAGACAAUGGUUGGGAUGUCUUUAAUGCUUUAUUAGGUUGGCAAAAUACUGGCUAUUUAUCUUCAAUACUUUGCUAUAAUAUCUAUUGGUUAUGUCUAAUCAUUUACUUGAUUUUGUUAAUGUGGGAAGAAAAAUACGGUCAUUUGCCAUUUACUAAAAAUUUGCAAAUGAAGCACUUAAAUCCAGGCUAUUGGAUUAAGAAUAAAAAGAAGGAUGAGUUAACUGAAGAACAAACAAAGAAUUUGUUUAAGCAAGUAGAGAAUUUACAAUUAAAUGAAAAAGGUGUUAUUGAGACUGUUGGUUGUGAAACUGCAAACUUGUUUGAAAGUGAAAAGGAUGGGAAUGUGGUUACAACAACUAGGAUAGAGAAUUCUACCAAAGCUGGCAAAGCCGAUCAUAAUAUCAGUGAAUUCAAUAAAGUUGCUACCACUUCUACUAUUUCAUUGUCAAAAUCAAAAACUGAACCCUCUUGA